UCACAUCUAGCUCCAAAUUCAUCAACACUUUCUUCAUGGAUCUGCAACUCUCGUCCUUACCGAUCCUUUCGAGCAUCAUUUUAUUUAUUUUAAUGGUGCUGAAGAUGGUUAUGAAACCUAAAUCACAUUCAAAUCUGCCUCCGGGGCCGUGGAAGCUACCUUUUAUUGGAAACUUACAUCAAUUAGUACUGAAGCUACCACAUCGAGCGCUACGAGACUUGGCGAAAAAGCAUGGACCAUUGAUGCACCUUCAGGUUGGGGAGGUACCAACAUUGGUUGUUUCUUCGGCAGAGUACGCAAAAGAGGUAAUGAAAACUCAGGACCUUAUUUUUGCUUCGAGGCCUCCUCUAAACGCUCUGAAAGUCGUGACUUCUAAUUACACUAACAUUGCGUUUGCACCAUAUGGUGAAUAUUGGAGGCAAAUACGGAAAAUUUGCACACUAGAGCUUUUGAGCUCGAAACGUGUCCAAUCAUUUAGGCCCAUAAGAGAGCAAGAGAUGUCAAAUUUCAUCGAAUGGAUUGGCUCAAAUGCUGGAUCAUCGAUAAACUUGACUGAAAAAUUGUUCUCAUCAACAUACACCUUAACUUCAAAGAUGGCAUUUGGUGGGACAUAUGAUGGACAUGAAGAAUUCAUAUCAUUUAUUACGGAAGUCGUAAAGUUAGCAGCGGGAUUCAAUAUCGUGGAUGUGUUUCCUUCUAUGAAAUGGCUUCAUCGGAUUAUUGGAGAAAACUCAAAACUCGAGAAGAUACAUAACCAAAGUCAAGAGAUUAUUGGAAACAUUAUCAACCAACAUAUUAAGGAUUCAAAAACCAGGAAACGUGACGUAGAGGAAGGUCUAGUCGAUGUUCUCUUGAAAUUUCAUGAAGAUGGUGACUUUCCAUUAACUAUCAACAAUAUCAAAUCAGUAAUUCAGGACUUGUUUGGUGCUGGAAGUGAAACAUCAGCGACGGUUGUUGAUUGGGCUAUUGUAGAAAUGAUGAAAAAUCCAAGAAUAAUGACGAAGGCACAAGCCGAGGUGAGACAGGUUUUCAAUACCAGAGGAAAUGUCGAUGAAACAAGCAUUCCUGAACUGAACUAUUCGAAAUUGGUCGUCAAAGAAACUCUAAGACUACACCCUCCAGGGCCUUUACUAGUUCCAAGAGAAAGUUUGGAGCAAUGUGAGAUUAAUGGUUACAAGAUACCAGUGAAAACAAGAGUUCUUGUGAAUGCUUGGGCUAUUGGAAGAGAUCCCAAGUAUUGGACUGAACCGGAAACAUUUUAUCCAGAGAGAUUCCUCGAUAAUUCAAUUGACUACAAGGGGACUAAUUUUGAAUACACUCCGUUUGGUGCUGGAAGGAGAAUAUGUCCUGGCAUAGCAUUCGGUCUUGCAAACGUUUAUCUUCAACUUUCACAGAUGUUGUACUACUUUGAUUGGAAACUUCCUCCUGGAAUGAAGUCGGAAGAUCUUGACAUGACCGAAGCGUUUGCGGUGACGGUUAGAAGAAGAGAUGACCUUCACCUAAUCCCAACUCCUUACCACCCUUAAUUCACCGAACACUCAUUGAUGGUGGUUGUUAAUUUUCUAGUAUUUCGCAUCAUUAAUAAAACAUCAUGCUGCAUGUUUUGGAUGCGCUUUGAUUAAAGAUUACUACAUGUCGUCUUCAUAGCUGCAAUUAAUAACUGUAAAAGUCUUUUUCA